AUGGCCCUCUGCUGCUGCCCACCUUGCUGUGAGCCAUGUUGCUGCAAGACCACCUGCUACAAAACCACCUGCUGCCAGCCCUGCUGCUGUGAACCCAGCUGCUCUGAGUCCAUCUGCUGUCAGCCUUGCUGUCUCCCAUGUUGCUGCAGCACACCAUGCUGCAAGCCCUGCUGCUGCCAGCCCUGCUGCUGUGUGCCCACCUGCUGUGAAAAAACCUGCAGCAAGACCACCUGUUGCAAGCCAACCUGUGUGAACAUCUGCUGUAUGCCCACCUGCUGCCAGCCCUGCUGCUGUGUGCCCUCCUGCUGCCAGCCAUGCUUGCUCCAGCUCUGCUGCGAACCAACAUGCUGCGAAACCAGCAGCUGCAAGACCACCUCCCUUAAACCAACCUGUGUGACCAUCAGUUGCUGCACACCCUGCUGCCAACCCUGCUGCUGCUCACCUGCUACCAUGGCCCUCUGCUGCUGCCCACCUUGCUGUGAGCCAUGUUGCUGCAAGACCACCUGCUGCAAGACCACCUGCUGCUGUGAACCCAGCUGCCCCGAGUCCAACUGUUGUCAGCCUUGCUGUCCCCCAUGUUGCUGCAGCAUACCCUGCUGCCAGCCCUGCUGCUGCGUGCCCACCUGCUGCGAGCCCUGCUGCAUGCCCACCUGCUGCUGCCAGUCCUGCUGUUGUGUGCCCACCUGCUGCUGCCAGCCCUGCUGUUGUGUGCCCACCUGCUGCUGCCAGCCCUGCUGUUGUGUGCCCACCUGCUGCUGCCAGCCCUGCUGUUGUGUGCCCAUCUGUUGUGAAAGCACCUGCUGUGAUACCACUUGCUGCAAGCCAACCUGUGUGACCAUUAGCUGCAGCACACCCUGCUGCCAACCCUGCUGCUGCUGA